AUGGCGACCAGCAAUCUCUCUCCCCUAGAAGAGGCCCUGUCGUGUCCUGUGUGCUGUGACAUCUUCAAGGAACCUGUCAUUCUUUCCUGUGGCCACAGCUUCUGUAAGGCCUGCCUGGAGGAGGCCUGGAGUUCAGGAGGGUCCCAGAACUGUCCUGUCUGUAGACAGAUGUCCUCUAGAGACCAUCCUCCCCAGUCAUUGGCCCUAUUUAACGCCUGUGAGUUUCUGCAGAAGGAGAGGGAGAGGAGUCUGAGAGGAGCCAACAGACAGAGCUCCUGCAGGGAGAACAGAAUGUGUGUCCUCAACACUCAGGAACUCAGUCUGUUCUGUGUGAAGGAGGAAGAGCUGAUUUGUAUAAAGUGUGUGUCAGAUCAUACUGAUCAUAGUUUCUGUUCUAUAACAAAGGCUGCAAAAGAGAAAAAGGUAAGUCUACUUUAUCUUUAAAUGUCAAAAAAAAAGUUUGCAUCCUUUUUGGAGCUCAUAUCCUGCUCAUUCUAUACAAUUUGCCAUGACUUGUAAAACAUAAAAAAAUUAAAAAUCCAUUAAUAAGAUACAGUGGGGAAAAAAAGUAUUUAGUCAGCCACCAAUUGUGCAAGUUCUCCCACUUAAAAAGAUGAGAGAGGCCUGUAAUUUUCAUCAUACGUCAACUAUGACAGACAAAAUGAGAAUUUUUUUCUCCAGAAAAUCACAUUGUAGGAUUUUUUAUGAUUUUAUUAGAAAUUAUGGUGGAAAAUAAGUAUUUGGUCAAUAACAAAAGUUUCUCAAUACUUUGUUAUGUACCCUUUGUUGGCAAUGACACAGGUCAAACGUUUUCUGUAAGUCUUCACAAGGUUUUCACACACUGUUGCUGGUAUUUUGGCCCAUUCCUCCAUGCAGAUCUCCUCUAGAGCAGUGAUGUUUUGGGGCUGUCGCUGGGCAACACGGACUUUCAACUCCCUCCAAAGAUUUUCUAUGGGGUUGAGAUCUGGAGACUGGCUAGGCCACUCCAGGACCUUGAAAUGCUUCUUACGAAGCCACUCCUUCGUUGCCCGGGCGGUGUGUUUGGGAUCAUUGUCAUGCUGAAAGACCCAGCCACGUUUCAUCUUCAAUGCCCUUGCUGAUGGAAGGAGGUUUUCACUCAAAAUCUCACGAUACAUGGCCCCAUUCAUUCUUUCCUUUACACGGAUCAGUCGUCCUGGUCCCUUUGCAGAAAAACAGCCCCAAAGCAUGAUGUUUCCACCCCCAUGCUUCACAGUAGGUAUGGUGUUCUUUGGAUGCAACUCAGCAUUCUUUGUCCUCCAAACACGACGAGUUGAGUUUUUACCAAUAAAUUCUAUUUUGGUUUCAUCUGACCAUAUGACAUUCUCCCAAUCCUCUUCUGGAUCAUCCAAAUGCACUCUAGCAAACUUCAGACGGGCCUGGACAUGUACUGGCUUAAGCAGGGGGACACGUCUGGCACUGCAGGAUUUGAGUCACUGGCGGCGUAGUGUGUUACUGAUGGUAGGCUUUGUUACUUUGGUCCCAGCUCUCUGCAGGUCAUUCACUAGGUCCCCCCGUGUGGUUCUGGGAUUUUUGCUCACCGUUCUUGUGAUCAUUUUGACCCCACGGGGUGAGAUCUUGCGUGGAGCCGCAGAUCGAGGGAGAUUUUCAGUGGUCUUGUAUGUCUUCCAUUUCCUAAUAAUUGCUCCCACAGUUGAUUUCUUCAAACCAAGCUGCUUACCUAUUGCAGAUUCAGUCUUCCCAGCCUGGUGCAGGUCUACAAUUUUGUUUCUGGUGUCCUUUGACAGCUCUUUGGUCUUGGCCAUAGUGGAGUUUGGAGUGUGACUGUUUGAGGUUGUGGACAGGUGUCUUUUAUACUGAUAACAAGUUCAAACAGGUGCCAUUAAUACAGGUAACGAGUGGAGGACAGAGGAGCCUCUUAAAAAAUAAGUUACAGGUCUGUGAGAGCCAGAAAUCACAAUUGGUGGCUGACUAAAUACUUUUUUCCCCCACUGUAUGCCCCAUAGUAAAAAAACAACAACAUUGUAUCAUGACCCUGAUUUGUCUUUGGUUGUGUCUCCAACAGGAGGAGAUAAAUACCUCACUGGAGGUGUUGCAGGUGAAAUUGGACUCUUACACUGAAGACAAAUAUACAAGUGAAAAGAUGGUUGAUCACAUCAAGACCCAGGCUCAGCAGACAGAGAGCCAGAUAAAGGAGGAGUAUGAGAAGCUGCAGCAGUUCCUGAGAGAGGAGGAGGCCAGGCUAGCCAGGCUGAAGGAGGAAGAGGAGGAGAAGAAUAGAGGAAUGGAGGAGAGAAUUGAAGGACUGAGUAAAGUGAUGUCAUCUCUGUCAGACACCAUCAAGUACAUAGAGGAGAAGUUGGAAGCUAAUGACCUGAUAUUCCUGCAGAGCUUUAAGACAAUAUAUGAAAGAGCACAGAACACACCUAAAGAUCCAGAGGUAUCAGGAGCGCUGAUAGAUGUGGCCAAACACCUAGGCAACCUAAAAUUCAGAGUCUGGGAGAAGAUGCAGGGGAUUAUACGAUACACUCCGGUGGUUAUGGACCCAAACACUGCACACCCCACUCUUAUCCUGUCUGAGGAUCUGACCGGGCUAAAAAAGGAUGGAGGGAGGCAGGACCUUCCCAAAAACCCAGAAAGGUUUGAGAAACACUUAAUCAUCCUGGGCUCUGAGGGGUUUACCUCAGGACAUCACUGCUGGGAGGUGGAUGUUGGAGACAAUGACAACUGGAUGAUUGGAGUAGCCAGAGAAUCUGUCAUAAGAAAGGAAGUAGUCACAGCAUCCAACACAGAUGGAUUCUGGUAUGUAUGCUCCCAUCAUGGUAAAUACCCACCUUCACAAUAUUAUUUAAAGAUCCAGAGGAUCAGAGUGGUGCUGGACUGUGACGAAGGACAAGUAUCCUUUACUGAUACUGUGAGAAACAAACACAUCCACACUUAUAAACACAGACUUACUGAAAGGAUGUUUCCAUACUUCUGUACGGGGGAAAGCCCCGCUCUUCAGAUUUGA